AUGGCUUAGAACCUCAACAAUGCCUUGCUUAAGAAAAAAAAGUCACUGCUUGAGCACAGAAUAGUUGAAAAAGAGCAAACAAUGCAUACUUUGCUCUCCCAUUUAAAUAAUAAAUGCUAAGUAUUUACCACUAAUAAAAUGAAGUCAGAGAAAUCUGGGGAAUAAGACUAGGAAUCAAUUGUAGAUGAAGAUGUGAUGAAUUAUAAGUUUGAGAAGGGAGAUUACAAUUUGGAAAAUUAUAGAAAUUACAAUACUCAAGAUUAAAAUCUGUCAUUUCAAAGUAAGAGCUUUGGUGCUUAAAGAUAAAGGUAUGCAUCCUACCACUAAGAUAUCUAGAAAUAACAGAAAACAGAUGACUAGAUAAAGAUAAUGGAUAGCUUUUAGUCCGAUAAUUACCUCAAAGUUGAUAAUUUUUCGCAAAAAUAAUAGUAAAACGCAUCAAAUGAUCAUGUUGACUAUUUCAUUACUCAAAAGGACAUCAUCUCAGCAAGAGAACCGAGGCUUGCGUAUAUUCCCAAAAGGAUAGAGUAAAAAGCUGAAUAAGUUUAGUCUCAUUCCAAUAUUAAUGGUUAAUUAUACAUCAAUGCCUCUAUUGCACGUAGUAAGCUCAGAACUUCUAAUGGAAGUAGAUUUGCCAUUGAUGAUCAAAAGAAAGAGUAUAAGAUCUGUAAAUUCGAUGAACACGAAUUCAAAUAAGUUGUAUCAAAUUCAUUUUAGUAGGAACUUUAGGAUCUUGAUAGGAUAUAAGAAUUCAAGAAAUCAAACAACUAGCAACCUUAUAUUGAAUAAGUCUUAACUUUCAACUUGAAAUUCAAUAAAAAGUAGAAAAUAAUUGAGGAUUUGAAACGAAAAAAAGAAAUGAAUCAACUAAUAAACCAACAAGCCAAUAAUACCCUUAGUGGGCAGGCUAAAGGUUCAAAUUCGCAAUCAAGGACAAGAAUGUCUCCAAUCAAGACUUUCCCUACUCAAGACAUUCAGAAGUCUUUACCAUAGAGUAAAUCUUAAAAACAAGAUGCUUUUAAAAAUUUCACAUAAAUGAGUAUUUACGAAUUAAGACAACAUGAAAAAGGUAUUCUGAACCUCUAUGAGUAAAACUCUCAUAAUAGACCUCAGAGGCUACUGCAUAAUAAACCUGAAAGUGGAAGCAGUAAUAUAUUCGAUAUCAGACUUUCUCAGGUUGAAUAUGACUCAAUAUUUGAUAAUGCUCCAUCCUUUUAAGAGAAGAAAGCUUUCAUUGAAGUUUUUAGAAAAAAAUGGAAAGAGGACAAGGGCUAUUGCUCCAUGUUUGAUAAAAGAUAAGCAUUUAGAUAGGCUAUGUUAGAAAAAAGAAAGAGCAUGAAUAAAAUUUUAAAUGCACUAGAUCCAAGAGAAUCCCCUAAGAGAAGACCAUAGACUAGCAUGGCUACUCAAGCAGGAAAAAGAAAUAGCUCAUAAAUAAAUGCCAAGAAAUCUGUUUCUCCUAUGAGGAAAAUAGAGGACAACUUUCCAGAAGUGUCUGAAAUAAUAGAUAUAAAUGUGAGUGGAAAUACUGCAUAGAUUCAUAACCCAAUUUAAAACAGCGAUACUAACAAUCUUAAUCAAUUUAUUCAGCAAUUGUACCAGCAGCCUCCACUUGAAAACAAAAUAGUGCAGAAUUCUAGGAGAAGUGGUAUGAAUUUCAUCUCAAAGAGAAUAAGUGGAAAUUAUAAUAGAGAUUUGUCUAGCUCAAACAUAGUAUCUAGAGCUGAGUUUUCUUCGUAUGUAGGAAAGCUUUCUUAAAAGGAUAUAUCUGGAGAUAGAAAAGGGAAUGAAUCUAAAAGAGAUUACUAGAUCAAAUAAGUAAUAAGUUUGCCUUAAGCUAAGAGGAGAAAAAAUACUAGCUAACCGUAUUCUCCAGCAAGUUAGAAAUUCAUUAGCCCUGACUAGAGUGUUAGAUAAUUAGAGAGCUAAGGAAACAAGAAUUAUGAGAGUGAAAAAGAGUUUUACAAUGAGUAAUCAUAGUAGUACUUGAGUCUAAACAGAAUUGAAAAUAAUAAGCCCUAAGCUAAAUCAGCUUUUUACUAAUAGACAAAAAAUAACCAACAGAAUGAAUACUAAGAUUCUUCUUAAAAUUUUGACGACAAACUUAAACAGAGUAGUUAUCCAAUAUCUUAGACCUCUAUUGCAGGAGAGACUGAACCUGAUAAACCAGUUAAAAUGAUUAAAGACGUCACUUAACCAGCUAUAUUCACAUUACCUUAGAAUCCUAUUAGUUCAAGCCACUUUAAAUACAACUUUGUUAAAAAUAAGAUUGAAAGCACCAGAAUGGAAAACUUAUCAAUGUCUGCCAGUCUGUAAUACAAACUAGACGAGUAGAGGGUAAAUGAAAAAUUUCAAGUGCUAAAUUAGAAGAAUUUUUAGAUGCAGGAUUAAAUUAGAUUCGGCGCUCAAAACGUCCCUGAUUCGCCUAUAGAGAGAGGAAAGAUUCAUAACUUUGCAAGUAGCAGUCUGAAUGCAAGAUUGAAUAGAAGGGGCUCAAAUUAAUAUGUGAAGAUGUAAAAGUUGAUAAAGUAGAGAAAUACAAUGAUAAUCAACGAGUAUGAUAAGAAGAUGUAAUAUAAAGAAUCCUUAGAAUAAAAAAAUCAGUCUUUUAAUUAUCAGAGUGCAUAAAACAACAAUAAUAAUAAUAACACAACAAGCAGUAUAGGAAAAGAGGGGAAAUAAGUUAUAAUAAGCAAGAAAAGUGGAAAAUCUAGACCUAAAACCUCAGGUUAAAUAAGUGUAAAUAUGAACAAAUCAUUGGGAUAGAGGGCAUAAACAGCAGCGAAUAAUGGUAACAGAAUUAUUUAUAAAGAGACUAACAUUAAUCCCAUUUAUAAUUAGCAAGACAUGUCUGAUCUAAACAACUAUGAUUAAGUUGUAAGUCCAUUGGUGGCUAUAAAAAAGAAAAAUAUAUCUAUAAAUGAGGGAAAGAGUAUUUCAUCACAUACCAAUCCAGAAUAUUCAAAGCUCAAUUCAAAGGAAUUACUGCCAAGUAUAAACUUAGAAUUAAUGCAAAAAAGCUAAGACCUUUUGCUAGAUAUGAGCGUUUAACAAAUCAAAGAUUGA